AAGUUUUGACAUGUGAGAAUAGAAAUGUCAAUAUUUUUACUCGAAAAACAAACUAAUUAUAUUUUAUAAUAAUAUUUAUUAGAAUAUUAAGCUAUUAAUUAAUAAUGAAUAAUCCAUUAGCUGGAACUGCACAUUUAUUGGAUGAAUUAGAUAAAAAACUAAUGGUUUUACUUCGUGAUGGCAGAACGUUAAUUGGAUAUUUACGUAGUGUAGAUCAAUUUGCAAAUUUAGUGUUACAUAAAACAAUUGAACGAAUUCAUGUAGGUCGAGAAUAUGGUGAUAUUCCUCGUGGAGUGUUUAUAGUACGCGGUGAAAAUGUUGUUUUGUUAGGCGAAAUUGAUCCAGAAAAAGAAGAAAAUCAACCAUUAAUAGAGGUAUCGGUUGAUGAUAUUUUAGAUGCACAAAGAAGGGAACAAGAAUCUAAACAAGAUCAACAGAAGCUCAUGCAAAAAGCACUGAAAGAACGUGGAUUGAACCUCAUGGCUGAAUUAAAUCAUGAUGAUAUGUUUUAGAGAAUAAAAAUUAAUUUAUUUAGAUAA